AUGUCUCCUCAAAAAGGACAGAAAGACAAAUUAUGGCUAUUCGUGUUUGACGUAUCAAAUGAGUCCGUGAAAAUGACACAUCUUAUGUCUUAUGCGUAUUCGUCUUUGAUCGUACUCGUCGAACAAGGUCACACUGCGCUCCAUAAGCUCGACAACAAACAUUAUACCACAUUCUAG